AUGUCACUGAUCCAGCUGUACAUCCCCACCGAAGUGGCUCACGACACCAUUUAUGAGCUCGCAGAGAUGGGCAACUUCCAGCCCAAGGACCUCAAUCCCGAUCUCUCGGCCUUCCAGCGUCCCUUCAACCACCGUCUGACGCGCCUCGCCGAGAUGGCCCGCCGAACUCGCCUGUUCAACAAGCAGAUCAAGGCCCUCGAGCCCCCCAUCGGCAUCCCUCCUCUGACGGCCAUCCCUCCGUUCCAGUGCGUCGGACCCCGUGCUCAGAACGCCUUUGACGAGCUCGACGAGACUCUCAAGGAGCACGAGCGCCGUCUCGCCGAGAUGAACAAGUCCUGGGAGGAGCUUGGCAAGCGCAAGGGCGAUCUCGAGGAGAAGAAGUGGGUCCUUCGUGAGACGGCCGGCUUCUUCAACGAGGCUGAGAACCGUCACACCGAGAUCCGCUCGUCCUUCGACGAGGGUGACGGAACCACUCCCCUUCUCGAGGCUGCCGCCGAGUAUGGCACUCUUCCCGGCGAGGGUAUCGGCGCCGGCGGCUUCGAUCUCGAGUUUGUCGCCGGUACCAUCGAGCGCACCCGCAUGCCUACCUUUGAGCGUAUCCUCUGGCGUGUGCUCCGUGGUAACCUCUACAUGAACUACUCGGAGAUCGAGGAGCCCUUCGUCGACCCGGUCACUGGAAAGAAGACGUACAAGGACGUCUUCAUCAUCUUUGCCCACGGUGACGAGCUCCUUGCCAAGAUUCGCAAGGUCGCCGAGUCCAUGGGCGGUACCCUCUACACCAUCGACUCGUCGCCCGACAAGCGUGCCGACGCUCUCCGCGAGACCCAGGCUCGUCUCGAGGAUGUCGACGCCGUCCUCUACAACGUCGGCCAGACCCGCCGUGUCGAGCUCAGCAAGAUCGCCGAGAACCUCGAGUCGUGGCGCGAUGCGAUCCGCCGCGAGGAGGAUAUCUACAAGACGCUGAACCUGCUGUCCUACGACCCCGGACGCAAGACUCUUGUUGCCGAGGGGUGGACCCCGACCCGUGACAUCACCACGAUCCAGCUCGGUCUCCGACGCGCUACCGAGACCGCCGGAACGUCUGUGCCGCCUAUUCUCUCGGAGCUCAAGACGCACCAGAUGCCUCCCACCUUCCUCCGUACCAACAAGUUCACUGCUGGUUUCCAGGCGCUCAUUGACGCCUACGGUAUCGCUACGUACCAGGAGGUCAACCCCGGUCUGUUCACUGUCAUCACCUUCCCCUUCCUCUUCGCGGUCAUGUUCGGUGACAUUGGCCACGGUAUUCUUUCCGUUCUCGCUGCCGGAGCCAUGAUUCUCUUCGAGACUCGCCUCGCCACUGCUGGGCUCGGCGAAAUGUUCGAGAUGUUCUUCUACGGUCGUUACAUGAUCCUGCUGAUGGGCACCUUUGCCAUCUUCACCGGAUUCAUGUACAACGACAUCUUCUCCAAGUCCUUCUGGAUCUGGCAGUCUGGCUGGCAGUGGCCCGAGAAGAUCGAGGGCCCCGUCACUGCCAUCUCCACUGGCCGCGUCUACCCCUUCGGUAUCGACCCGCUCUGGAGCGGCGCCGAGAACGCCCUCAUCUUCAUCAACUCGUACAAGAUGAAGAUGUCCAUCAUCAUGGGUGUCAUCCACAUGUCCUUCGCCACCUGCCUCAACGUCCCCAACUUUAUCUUCUUCAACAAGAGACAGAACAUUGUCGCCGAGUUUGUCCCGCAGAUCCUCUUCAUGUGGUGCAUCUUCGGCUACCUCAUCAUCUGUAUCAUCUACAAGUGGUCCAUUGACUGGUCGACGGCCGACACCACUCCCCCCGGUCUUCUGAACAUGCUCAUCUACAUGUUCCUCGCGCCCGGCACCGUGCCCGACGGCUCGUGGCUGUACCCCGGCCAGGGCUUUGUCCAGACCAUCCUGCUCCUUGUGGCUGUCAUCUGUGUCCCCUGGAUGCUCUGCAUGAAGCCCUACCUCAUGUACAAGGAGCACAAGAAGGUCCAGGGCCAGGGAUACGUUGGUCUCCGCACCGAUGGCGAGGAGGAGGAAGCGCCUCGCAACUCGACGACGUCCGGUGUCGACCACGGAGAGGAGGAGGAGACUUUCGGCCAGGCCAUGGACACAGGAGGCGACGACGAGGAGAACCCCCACGACAUGGGCGAUGUCAUUAUCCACCAGGUCAUCCACACCAUCGAGUACUGCCUGGGCUGUAUCUCCAACACCGCCUCUUACCUGCGUCUCUGGGCGCUGUCUCUUGCGCACGCGCAGCUCUCUGAGGUGCUGUACGAUAUGACGCUCCAGAAGAUUGGAUUCGAGUGGGAGGGCUCCGCUAUUACCGGUGCCGUUGUUAUCGUGUUCAUGUUCGCCGUCUGGUUCACCCUCACCAUCUUCAUUCUUUGUCUUAUGGAGGGUCUCUCUGCCUUCCUGCACGCCAUGCGUCUCCACUGGGUCGAGGCGUGCAGCAAGCACUACAUGGCUGGAGGAUACCCCUUCACGCCCCUCAGCUUCACUGAGAACCCUGCUGACGACACCGUUUAA